AUGCCGUGGACCGAAAUGCCGCCGUACAAAAUCAUUCCCGUCUCUAACUUCGUUGAUUCAAAUGGUGGUUAUAUUAAUUCAAAGAUGAACGUUGUCAGUACCACUACAUCUAAUUUUAACACCCAGAUGUUCAAUAAUCCAACACAUUUACUUCCAACGUGUGAAAGAGAUGUUACAAACAUUUCAAACGGUUUGUGCGGACAUAACGGAAUAAGACCACCAAUACAGGAUUUGAUUAAUGCCCCCAACGCUAUGAUACCAUACCAGAGAAAUGGAUCUAAUGACGUUCAUAGCAGCAAUAGCUCCUGGGCUGCUAACGGAGUCGCAGAAAGAUACACACGGCCUACUUGGAACCCAACGAAAACUACCAGUGGUGCUGUUAAGAAACAUAAACGUGUUAGAACAGCGUUUACGAGUCAGCAGAUGAUGGAGCUUGAGAAAGAGUACGCACGCAAUAGAUACCUCGAUCGCACUCGUCGCAUAGAGCUUGCGAAUAUACUACAUCUUAACGAACGCACUAUUAAGAUUUGGUUCCAGAACAGAAGAAUGAAGGAGAAGAAAGACAGAGCGGAGAACUACGAUGGUGUAGAAGAACCAAGCACGACUGAUUCCUCUCCAGACAUGGUCAAUAUAACCGUGCCAGUUCUUACCCAAAAUCAAUAUGCAUUUCAAAUAUCCAAUGGCGUUUUCAAUCAUGAAAGAUGUUACAUGGGGCCAUAUCCAGUAGCGUCUUCUCCUAUGAUGAUGCCGCAAACGAACAUGGCGCAGGAGAUGAGGAGUUCAGUAUUAAACAAUUAUCCUACGUUUAUCUUAGACAACAAUAUGCAACUGCAAGAAAAAUUUGAACCAGUGCCCCAAACACAGUUAAAAAUGGAGGAUUUUGAACCGAAGUGUAAAAGUGACGUACCAGAAUCGCUGCAGGCCUCACCGAUGUAUUCCGAUAUCUCUGCCGUCGAUUCUGUUAAAAGUGAAGUCAAUGAUCAAAGUUGGGAUCUAUCUUGGGUCCGAAGCCUUCAUCUUGAUGAUGACGCUUAA